AUGGCUGAAGAAAAGCGUCCCCUUGACAGAUCGCCAUACUAUGUGACCCAUUCAGAACAUCUUGACCGUGUUCUCAGUAGGCCUCAGCUGGCAGGCAUUGGCAUAUCCGGUUGCAUAGGUGGAGGCAUCUUCAUUACAUCUGGUGCACUCAUCGCUACUACUGGAUCUUUAGGGGCUGCUAUUAGCUAUGUCGUCGCAGGUGGUAUCGUCGCUUGCGUCAUGUACACUAUCACUGAGAUGGUUGCAUGUCGACCGUUGACCGGAGCUCUCAUUGAUCUGCCUCACACGUUCUUAGACCCAGCCUGCGGUUUCGCUAUCGCAUCUAUGUACGGGCUAGGCAAGAUUUGUGCGAUGGCUACUCUUACAGCGAGUUCGGCGGAGCUGACUGCGCUUCUGAAGAGCGACCCAAAACCGCAUUCUGCUGGUGCUGAGGCAGCUAUCAAUAUCGCCUUCAUCGCCCUGACUACCCUUUCCCAUUGCCUCGGCGUCAAGCUGUAUGGCAAGAUCGAACGAGUACGUCACCUUGAGUAA